UGCACAGUGUCAGUCACUGACACGUAUUGUUGUUACUCCAACAGUCGAAUUUUUAUUGUGACUAGUUGUGAUUCUGAAAGUUCGCUAUUUCGGACCACUAAAUGACCGGGACAAUCAUCGGAUCCUUACUUGACUGUAGAUGCAGAAUGAAUUGUAACGUUGAUGGUUAUACUAGUAGUAGAAGAGAUCAACUACAAGUAGUGCAGUGCCAACGGUUAGAUUAGCCUUCCUCUGACCGACGAAUAUCAGAAAGUCGAAUCAAUGGAUACCGCAGAGGCUGAUUUGGUGACCGAUACUACAAUUAUUAGCGAUGAUGCACCAACUCACCAACGCCUAUGGCGAUGUGGUUGCUUCUCAGUAUCGUUCGUCACAUUGUUGUCAACGUUUGCCACGACCGGAGGAUUUGUCUUCGGAUAUGACAUAGGUGUGAUUGGUGGUGUGAAAGACAUGGAGGAGUUUCGGAGGUAUUUCGGUGAGUGUUCCUACAGUCAUGACAAUGUCACUGGUAAAAACACCACGGCGAGUGGACAGUCAGCGAUCAGACUGACCAGGGUUGGAUUGUGGGCAGCUUCUCCCUGGGAUGCUUGGUUGGUGCACUUAUUGCUGGAGUUGUGUCAGAGAAACGAGGACGCCGCUUCACCAUUCUAGUCGGGGCUGUUAUCUUCACCAUCGGAGGUUUGAUACAAGCUCUAUCCUACUACCUAUGGAUGGUGUAUCUAGGACGUGUCGUGGCUGGCUUUGGUGUGGGAAUACUGAGCAUGAUUGUGCCAGUGUACAAUGCGGAGAUGUCACCAGCUGAGCACCGAGGGCGACUGGUAUCACUUAACCAGCUGAGCAUCACUGCCGGGAUUAUGGUUAGCUUCUUGAUCAACUUGGCCUGUACAGCAUAUGUUCACGGGUGGAGGAUAUCACUGGCACUGCAAUCAGUUUUCUCCAUUGUCCUUCUGUUGGGAAUGAUGUAUGCACCAGAGACACCAAGAUACUUGAUGAAGAUCAAUCAACGAGCAAGGGCUGUGAAUGUGAUGAACUGGAUCAGAACUGGUCGCAAGCGUCACAUUACCUCUGAAGCUGAAGUCAGCAAAGUUGUCCUGGAAGAGGUCGACUCAAUUGCGACCGAAAUCCGGGACGGUGCACGUCUCAGGGGAGGAACAUGGGCGGACAUCUUUGAGUGGAGUUCUUUGAAACGUUUAAUCAUUGGCAUGUGGGUGCAACUUUUCCAGCAGUUUACUGGAAUGAACAUCAUCAUGUACUAUUCUACGGGUAUCUUCUCCACUAUUGGUGUCAGUCCCUACCUCUCAACAACUCUUGUUGGAAUCAUUAACUUUCUGACUACGUUUGGGACGCUAGUUCUCGUGGACAAGGUUGGCAGGAAGGUCUUGCUGUUACUCGGUGGUCUUGGAAUGGCAGUAAGCACGGCAUUGGGAGCUUCCGUCAUCGUGGCCAGUGGAGGAAAUGAUGAACUCACAAAGUCAGAUGGCAGUCUUGUUGUCAUCUGCAUAUGUGUCUUCAUCUUCUUCUUCGCUCUAACCUGGGGACCUGUUGCUUGGGUUAUUACCAGUGAAAUGUUUCCGUUACGUCUACGCGGAAAGUUGGUCUCAAUAACAACUGCUUCUGUUUGGGCGGGCAACUUUGCCAUAGCAUUCGGCACACCGCUCCUGCUUCAGCCUACGGUGCUUGACGUGCAGGGAACGCUGUUUCUGAUGUCCGCCUGUAACUUUGCCGCAGUCGUGUUCAUCCUACUCACUGUUCCUGAGACAAAGGGUCGCAGUUUGGAAUCGAUGGAUGAACUGUUUGAGCAGCGCUCCGUGCUGGACAGUGCUGACUACAAGUACUACCUGAGAUGUGGCUGCUGCGUAGAUUGCGUCCGGCGUAGAAACCGGCGCUACAGUGAAAUAACGGAUGAUGAAACUGAACGCACUGAUCCCAGUCAUCCCACUGCUGCUGCUACUACUGCUGCUGAUGAUGAUCAUGACGAUGGCAAUGCUGGUGAUAGCACUGGUACAGAUGAGGCUACAUUUACAUACACCAGCCUUGCCUAACUACUCGUGCCAGUGCAGUGUACACAACCCGCCGCAGUGUAUACGGACAACUAACCACCAGUAGAUUACAGUCUGCAACCGUGACGUUACUUGAGUUGCUGUGCAGGCGCGUAGCACUGCCAUUGGAGGUGGUCCGGCCAGAGGGGCUUUGGGGGUCUCUCCGGGAAUUUUUUGAAAUUAGGGUGCAAAAUCCUGCAUUCUGGGCACUUUUGGCCGUGGUCGGGCGAAAAAGUGGUCCGGCCAAAGCCUGACCGGCCGGACCGGCUGCUAUGCCCCUGCUGUGCCGGUUCUCCGGCAUGAGUCUCGAUCUACAUGAAAUCCAGUCGGAUAUACACUAGCAGCCUGGUUGCCGGAUCGGCCUUGAUGUCGCACCCUUCCUAACACAUAUGCACGAGGUCAUCGAAAUUGGUCCGUGACCGAGUCUGAAAGUAUACGGAUUUCACUUGAUACAAUUACAGUUACUAAGUAGAUCUACAUGUAUGCGUGUACUUGUGCAGUCUGUCAAUAUGACCCAAACCGCUUCAGUGUAUUGGCACUGUACACAGUCUCUAACUUACCGUUAUCAGUUUAAUACAUGUAAUACUGCAGUAAAGCUGGCCUUCUGCUCCUCAGAUUACAGAUAUCUUCUCUGAAUUAAUUUUCUGCUCUAUCACAAGACCCUGCACGAUCACGAUGCCAUUGCUUAUCGGCCCUAUGGGGACAAUCAUCGGGUAUUUUGAGUGUGGCUUCUUCUCAUUGAUGAUGUGCUUCAGUACUUCAAAUUAUGAAAGAGAAAGCGCGUGACUGCGCUAGCGUUU